UAUAUUUAAAAAUAUCUAACAUAUUCAAAAUAUAGAUGUCAAUAUAAACAGGGGCAGACACUUUGAAGAGAAUGUUUUACCAAAUUAAAAUCGAAGGAAUAUUAAUGAAUUUAUUCCACACAAGAGGCUUGGAUUUUCCGGGGGUGAGUGGCAACUCUCAAAGAUCCUUAGAGAGGAACUCGAUGCUGGUCGGAAGAUGCUAACAAAAUAAGAUAAACGUCUAUCAUGCGAGACGAGAAAAGUAUGCAACAUUUUGUGUUCAGAAGAGAAGUUGCCGAAAAACAUAACGUUGUUCAAGACAUAUAAGUUCAGUACCCAACUUUGACGCCUUUUCCAACACUGCUCAAUGACAGCCGAACAACCACCUAGGGUAACUUUCAAGUGAAUGAAAGCCAGUUUAAACAGAACGCAACGUCAGAACAGUCGCUAAAAUGUACGAGGGCGAGGAAACGGGUUACCAGGACAACGAUAACGACAACAAAGUGUCACCCAAACAAAAACAAAGAAAAACCAAGAGAACACCAAGUGUUCAAAAAGUAAAUGAUCCAGGUGUGAAAACCCCGGCCAGCUAUUUUACUCUAUGCAUAACGGGUCAAAUAGUUUCGGCCACAUUUCCACUGGGUCCAGACAAGGAUUACAUAUUGUGUCGCUACGAGCUGGUCGCAGGCCCGGAUUGGCAAUUGGCAUCUGGCCCGCAACACGGCAUCACACAGAUGGCAACCAUCAAGAGAGGCCACUUUAAUGACAAAAUCGUCUUCAAUAUGCCCAUCGAAGUGUCAUACAAGAGCACCAGUCCUUUCGGCUGGCCACAAAUUAUAGUCAGCGUGUAUGGACAGAAUGGACACGGUAGCGAGAGUUUGGUUGGCUAUGCACGCGUGCAUAUGCCCAUCUUCGGAAGCCGGCGACAGGAUGAGCAGACGUCCAGCUUAAGUGAAGCACCUAUCCUAAUGCCCAAAUGCCCGAAUAUGAUAGCCGAUAUAACCAGUUGGUUGUUGCGGCGCCAGCCGGAGCUUAAGGAUCCCAAAAUACUGCUGGACAACACGCAAUGCAAGGGUCUGUCCAUGGAAUCAUAUGGCACCCUGGAGUUCCAGCUGAAUACGGUUAUGAGAGGAGCUCGUAAGCUGGGUUACAAUUGGCAUGCCUGAAUUCGGAUCGAAUCGGAUAUAUAUCCGAUAUCCGAUACAUAUCCAUGAUGUGAAUAAAACGUAAAUUUGACGACGCUGCUUUCAGCGAAGCGACUAAGAA